UUGAGCAUGAUGCACCCAUGUGAAACAGCCCCACAGUUGCACAGAUAAAAGGCAUCUCUCUCCCCCAAUUUCCUCUGCUUUGGGGACAGUUUCUAAUAUGGGCACUUUGCAUUCCCUGAAGCAAGAUACGGGCAGCCUUCUGUCCAACACCUGCUGUGUUCAGAUUGGACUCUUGGGCUCUAUUGCUGGUCCUGUCGCAUCGCGUGGCUCUUCCUUCCCCAUCUGUGCAUCUGACGCUCCACCUACAGAAACAGAACAAUAUUCGGCUUGGAAUGCUUUGCAAAAUUCUUCCAAUGAAGGGAGGGGGGCACACGCCUAAUUGCUUUUUAAUUGUGUCAUGCUGCUGCGGUUGGCACCGCACCUCUGUUCCAUGCAGCAGGUAAAAAUAUAAAAACUCAAAAGACUUGAGAUAAGAUAGCCUGUAUUUUUUAAAUCCAAGCUGGACGUGCCGUUUCUCUCUGGUGCGAGUACGCUUGUGGAAUUUAAAAGUUGAAAAAGGUGGUUUCUGUGUGGGCAGCGAAUGGGAGAAAAUGCUUGUUCUAUCAAUUAUGUAUAUAUAUUUUUAAUGUUGCCUCUUACUUCCCUGUCCAAAGGGGCUCGUUGAACACGCUGGGUAAUGCUCUCUAAGCAUUACUAGGCUUGGCACAAAUGGAGCAUAUAACAGAGUGCCUUUUUAAUUGUCCAUUGUUAUCUAACUCUUUGGUUGUUUAAUCUUCCUUCCCUCUCCUGGCAAUGUGAAGGAUGGCAGCCCGGCGUGCGCUAAAGGCAGUCCUGGUGGAUCUCAGUGGAACGCUUCAUAUUGAAGACUCGGCUGUUCCAGGGGCCCAGGAAGCUCUUAAAAGGCUGCGCAGUGCUCCGGUUUCCAUCCGGUUUGUGACCAAUACGACAAAGGAGUGCAAGCGAGAUUUGCUGGAGAGGCUGAGGAAACUCGAGUUCGACAUCAAGGAAGAUGAGAUCUUCACGUCUCUGACGGCAGCCAGAAAUCUCUUGGAGCAGAAGCAAGUCAGGCCCCUGCUGCUUGUCGAAGACAACGCACUGCACGAUUUCAAAGGGAUCGAUACAAGCGAGCCUAAUGCUGUGGUGAUAGGGCUUGCUCCUGACCACUUCAAUUACCAAACGAUGAACAAUGCAUUUCGACUGAUCCUCGAUGGCGCUCCCCUCAUAGCUAUACACAAAGCCAGGUAUUACAAAAGGAAAGACGGGCUCGCUCUCGGCCCUGGACCUUUUGUCACGGGGCUGGAAUACGCAGCCGACGUGGAGGCCACCGUGGUGGGGAAGCCCGAGCAGACGUUCUUCCUGGAAGCCUUGCGUGGUGCCAGCUGCACGCCAGAGGAAGCCGUCAUGAUUGGGGACGACUGCAGGGAUGACGUGGGAGGCGCCCAGAACGCUGGGAUGCUGGGGAUACUGGUGAAGACGGGGAAAUACCGAGAGGGGGAUGAAGGCAAAAUUACUCCUCCUCCAUACUUAACUUGCGAGAGCUUUCCCCAUGCUGUAGAUCACAUCCUCCGACAUCUCCUAUGAAGAAGCCUGCAAGAGUUACACAUGGCCAUCACAUGCCAAAGGCUGAAUCAUCCGGUGGCAUCCUCAGCAGAGCCCAGACUUGCUUGGGGAGCUCUCGCUGGACGGCACCAAGCGAUCACAUUUGAAUGCUCUCCCCAGAAGGGUAGCUUCCUAUGCAUAGGAAUUACAGAGAAGAGUCGUAGCCUAGCCUUCACCCUGCCUGGCAUGCCAGUUUUCUUGUUCUUUUCACGGCAGGGAGAGCUCAAAUAGAUGUCCCCCUCCCCCCUCGUCUGCUGUCUAGCGUGGCACCUUCUGCACUUUUGCAGAAAGCAUAACUCAGUUAGUCCUGCGGCAUGACAUUUGAACGGAAAAGGAGAUAAACACUAAGCCCAAGCCUAGUUAAAAAACAGCGAGGCAUGAGUGGACUGGCCUCUCUCUUCCCUUCCUGUUCCACCCUCUUUCCCGCACUGAUGCCAUGAACAGGGGAAUUCUCAGGUGUUGUUUCUGAGCUCUGGGUGAUAAGUGUGUGUGUCAACAGAACAGUGCUGGUUAAUAACUGAGUUUGUAUGCUUGCCAGAGUCCAAAAGCAGCCAAGGUUCGCCGUUCACCUAAACAAAGUUUUUGAUCAAUCCAAACAUCACCAACCACAUUUAAACCACUUUAUGGUAACGUGUGUGGUGUGUUUUUUUUUAAAGCGACAUGGUAAACGGUACCACAAGCUAUCAUUUACUGGAAGUCUAAAUUGCAAAAUAUCAAGGGAUUAUGUUUAGGUUACUUACCAUGCCUAGCCACUUUCCUCCUCCUGAUCCAAUUAAGUACAGCCGGGCUGCAUCUUAAUUAGCGAUUCUUAAUUUAAAGCACUCCUACCAUUCAUAAUCAUAUUCAUGGCUGAACUUCUGCCAGCCCAUUAAUAGAGGCCAGGGUUGUUUUUCAAUUUUUAUGCACAAAUUAGAACUACCAGGGCUUUACAGAUGUUUUAAUUAGGUGGGGUUAUUAACAGGAAUGGCUUGGAAACAGAGAUCUGGCCCAUAAUGGCUUCUAUAGACCAUGAAUUUCUGAUGUUAGACUUCAAUGGGGGCCUAUUAAUUUGACAGUUGCAAGGUUUCAUUGGGUUGGGGGAGUCGCCCACCCUUUUCCUUACGGAGAGGGAAAAUCCUAGGGAAACCAUGGGGACAAAUUCCCCACUUUUUAUGGGGUUUUGUUAGUACAGCUGUAAAAUGAAAUUGCAAUUUGAAGCAAGUCCCAUCCUUCCCGCACCAUGUUAACAGCACCAAAAUGAGCUAACUUUUGUAAUGGCAGUAAAUGGCUUUUCUGGACCAUUUGCAAAACUAAGAAUGAAGCCCUUUUUGUUUAUUUUA